UACUCUGACUGAGUUGACCAAAAACCAAACAUUCUCCUCCUAUCACAGCUGGGGAGGAAAAAACAACCCCCCUUAUACAACUCGGCUGGCUCUAAUUCUGAUCCUGCUGCCCUUGUGCCACUGAGCAUCUUCCCUUUUGAGUAAGGCGGCUCGGGGUGAUUCUUCUUGCUAUAAAUCAACUGGUCUGUUCAGUAUUCUUUCUACACCUAUUAUUGGUUCCUUCGUCUUUGCUCCGUGCUACAGUAUUUCUAUUUCCUCAUUGAGUACGGUGGUCUUGUGGUGGUUGGUACUCCGGGUCGCGGUUCCUGCAGGCCGAACUCGGGGUCUCUGAUUGCGGCGCCAGGGCUCAGUUGUUCUGAUGAAAUGUUGAUAAUCGGCAGCAAGAGAGGAAGAUACACCGUGAGACCGGUCUAAUUCAGCGAAAGGAAGAUGAGUAGAUCUGCAUCUAUAUUUCAAGCCCUUUUGGUUUUUACAACCGUUGCUGCUGAGAUCCAAUGGAGCAGUGUAUCUGGCAUGUACUGCAAGGAUUUGACAGCAAGUGUUUAUCGGCCCCACAGUGUCUCAAUAACGGAGUUUGGUGCUGUUGGAGAUGGUAUGACUCGUAAUACAAAAGCAUUUCAGAAUGCAAUCUUCUACCUCAGCUCAUUUGCAAACAAGGGUGGGGCGCAACUUUUUGUUCCUGCUGGAAGGUGGCUCACUGGGAGUUUUAGUCUUGUCAGUCAUCUCACCGUGUCACUGGACAAGGAUGCAGUAAUACUUGGAUCUCCAGAUUCAUCUGAUUGGCCAGUUAUUGAUCCUCUUCCAUCCUAUGGGCGUGGUAGAGAACUCCCUGGUAAAAGACACCAAAGUCUAAUUUUUGGAUCCAAUCUAACUGAUGUAAUAAUAACGGGUGCGAAUGGCACCAUUGAUGGCCAAGGAGAAAUUUGGUGGAACUGGUUUCACAACCACACAUUGAAUUAUACUAGGCCACCUCUUGUUGAAUUUAUGUACUCCACCAGAGUUGUUGUUUCUAAUUUAACCUUCACAAAUUCACCAUUUUGGAAUAUUCAUCCUGUAUACUGCAGCCAAGUGCUUGUACAACAUCUCACGAUCCUAGCUCCCAUCAGUUCACCGAACACGGACGGCAUUGAUCCAGAUUCGUCUACAAAUGUCUGCAUCGAAGAUUGCUACAUCAGGAAUGGCGAUGACAUUGUCGUCAUUAAGAGUGGGUGGGAUGAGUACGGCAUUUCAUUUGCUUAUCCUAGCUCCAACAUUAGCAUCCAAAACAUCACUGGGCAGACAAGGAGCAGCGCAGGGAUAGCCCUUGGAAGCGAGAUGUCAGGUGGCAUAUCAAACGUUCGAGCUGUAGGUAUCCGCAUCGUGAACUCGGUGCAUGGGAUCAGAAUCAAAACCGCUCCAGGGCGGGGCGGGUAUGUGAAGAAUGUGUACAUAGCUGAUGUCAGCAUGGACAAUGUUUCAAUAGCCAUCAGGAUCACCGCAAACUAUGGUGAACAUCCUGAUGAUAAAUAUGACAAGAAUGCACUCCCCAUCAUAAGCAAUAUCACCAUCAAGAACGUUAUAGGUGCCAACAUUGGGGUUGCAGGAAUGUUGCAGGGAAUCCAGGGGGACAGUUUCAGCAAUAUUUGCUUAUCAAAUGUUACCCUCAGUACCAAAUCUAUGGAUCCAUGGAAUUGUUCGCUUGUUGAAGGAUACUCAAACUCUGUGUCUCCAGAAAUAUGUGAGGAACUCAGAACCAACCCUGGGCCAGACCAAGUAUGCUAUGAUGGUAACUAUCUAGCAUCAGCAGAAGUACCAUCACAGGCGCCACAGAAGUCGAGUGCUAGUCGGCUGCUAAAUCCUUUCCACAAAUUGGCUUCUGUAAGAGCUUAAUGUCCUCAUAGAUUUUUUUUUGUUGUGCAGUACAUCCUGGAAAUGUUUUUAACUUUUAAGCCUGCCUAUUGUAAUGAAGAUAAAACUGUUGGUGUUCUGUAAUUUUUUUAUAUUCCUGUAUGUAACGGAUUCUUACUUGAAUGCAAAAUCAGCGUGUUCAUCCUAUAAAAAA